GAUUUUUUUUAACCUAACCAAACUCUACUGAUAGGUUGAGGUUAAGUUAAUCGUUAGCGUUUGUUUUUCGAAAAUCUGCUUGCAAUUCCACUAAUUUAAGCAAAUCCGCAUCGAAAAGCAUGGCGGAUGCUGCAGCGAGGCAGUUGCAAUACGAGUAUAAGGCUAACUCCAAUCUUGUACUCCAAGCGGAUGUACGCCUUAUCGAAAGACGAAGUCGAGAUGAGGCGACCGGAGAAGUUAUGUCCCUCGUGGGCAAAUUGUCAAGUACAAGAAUGGGAGAUAGGGCGCAGCGAACUCGCCCAGGAAAAGCUGAGGAACGUAAAGUAAAGCGACAAAAAAGGGACGAAGCCCAAUAUGAUUUUGCGAGAAUGAGAGGAGCAACAUUGCUGUCAGAAGGGGUUGAUGAAAUGGUGGGAAUUAUAUACAGGCCAAAAACGCAAGAAACUAGACAAACUUACGAAGUGCUUUUAAGUUUUCUGCAAGAAGCUUUAGGGGAUCAACCCAGGGAUAUAAUUUGUGGAGCCGCCGAUGAAGUUUUGUCAGUUUUGAAGAAUGAUAAGUUAAAAGAGAGGGAGAAGAAGAAGGAAACUGAACAAUUGCUUGGUCCAAUUGCUGAAGAGAGGUUCGCCCUUUUAGUAAAUUUGGGUAAAAAGAUCACCGAUUUUGGCUCUGACGAAUUGAAGAGCAACACCGGAGAAGAGAAUAUUGAUGAAACUUAUGGCAUUAAUGUGCAGUUUGAAGAAUCUGAAGAAGAAGAUGAUGAAGAUAUGUAUGGGGAAGUCCGAGAGGAUAUUGAUGAUGAGGAGGGGGAGGAAGCCAGAGAAGACGGAGCUAUCCAUGCAGAAAAUCUGGGCAAUGUGGAUGAAAUGAAGAAGGAGAAAGCCCUUCAUCCGAUGGAUAUUGACGCUUAUUGGCUGCAGAGGAAAUUAUCUAAGAUAUAUGAUGAUGCGAUGGUGUCUCAAGCGAAGGCAGCCGAAGUGUUAAACGUGUUACGCGACGCUAACGACGACAGAGAGUUUGAAAACCAGCUCGUUUUGUUGUUGGGUUAUGAUUGCUUCGAUUUUAUCAAACAGCUGAAAAAAAAUCGAAAAAUGAUUUUAUAUUGUACACUAUUGGCGAAAUCGCAGAGCGAGACGGAACGUCAGAUAAUCAAGGAUAAAAUGUCAGAGGAUUCUGCGCUCAGUCGUAUUUUAAAACAGCUUGAGACGGGCAAAGGCGAGGAAGAAAAUGGCGGCGAGGAAACGGCGCACCGAUCGCGAAAACGCAAGCACGGCGACGACGAAGAGUACAAUUUGGGCGACUCCGAUAAAAAGAAAGUGUCCGGUAACCGGAAACUGAUCGAUUUCGAGGACUUGGUGUUCUCCCAGGGGUCGCACUAUAUGGCAAACAAAAGGUGUCAAUUGCCAGACGGGUCUUUUAGGAAGCAACGAAAAGGGUACGAGGAGGUGCACGUGCCCGCCCUCAAAGCCGAACCGUUCGCCGAAAACGAAAAACUCCAACCCGUCGACCAACUGCCCAAAUACGUGCAACCUGUAUUCGACGGUUUCAAAAGUUUGAACCGCAUCCAAAGUCGUCUUUGCAAAACCGCCCUAGACAGCGACGAAAACCUUUUGCUCUGUGCGCCGACCGGCGCCGGCAAAACCAACGUCGCGCUUCUCUGCAUGAUGCGCGAAAUCGGCAAACACAUCAACCCGGACGGCACCAUCAACGCGAGCUCCUUCAAAAUCAUCUACAUCGCUCCGAUGCGGUCGCUCGUCCAGGAGAUGGUCGGCAAUUUCGGCAAACGUCUGGCCAGUUACAAUAUCACGGUGCACGAGUUGACCGGCGAUCACCAACUGACCAGGGAACAGAUCGCCGAGGCCCAAGUGAUAGUGUGCACCCCGGAGAAAUGGGAUAUCAUCACGAGAAAGGGUGGCGAGAAAACCUUCACCUCUCUGGUAAGGUUGAUCAUCAUCGACGAGAUUCACUUGUUGCACGACGAGAGAGGGGCGGUGCUCGAGGCUCUGGUCGCGCGCACCCUGCGCACCAUCGAGUCCACGCAAGAGGACGUGCGUUUGGUCGGCCUGUCGGCGACGCUGCCCAACUACAAAGACGUCGCGACCUUCUUGAAGGUCGACCCUAGCGUCGGGCUCUACUAUUUCGACAACAGCUUCAGACCGGUCGCGUUAGAGCAACAGUACAUCGGGGUGACGGAGAAAAAAGCGACGAAACGUUGCCAGAUCAUGAACGAGAUCGUGUACGAGAAGACGAUGGAGCACGCAGGCCGCAACCAGGUGCUGAUUUUCGUACAUUCGCGCAACGAAACCGGGAAGACGGCCCGGGCUAUUAGGGACAUGUGUCUCGAGAAGGACACGCUCGGUCAGUUCCUGAAAGAAGGUUCCGCUUCGAUGGAGGUGCUGCGCACGGAAGCGGAACAGGUGAAGAACCACGAGCUGAAAGAUCUGUUGCCGUACGGUUUCGCUAUCCACCACGCCGGUAUGACGAGGGUGGAUCGAACCCUCGUGGAAGAUUUAUUCGCCGACAGGCAUAUCCAAGUGCUGGUGUCGACGGCGACGCUCGCGUGGGGCGUUAAUUUGCCCGCGCACACGGUUAUCAUUAAGGGCACGCAGAUCUACGACCCGACCAAAGGCAGAUGGGUGGAGUUAGGGGCGCUCGACGUUCUGCAGAUGUUGGGUAGAGCCGGCAGACCCCAAUACGACACCAAAGGCGAGGGUAUCCUCAUAACCAAUCACAGCGAGCUGCAAUACUACCUGUCGCUCCUAAACCAGCAGCUCCCGAUCGAGUCCCAGCUAAUACCCAGGUUACCGGACAUGCUCAACGCUGAGAUAGUCCUCGGAACCGUUCAAAACGUAAAAGACGCGGUAGCCUGGCUCGGCUACACAUAUCUCUACAUCAGAAUGAUGCGUCAGCCUACCCUGUACGGCAUAUCGCACGACCAGAAGAAAGAGGAUCCACGGUUGGAACAGCACCGCGCCGAUCUGGUUCAUACCGCGGCCCUGCACCUAGACAGAAGCGGUUUGGUCAAAUACGACAGAAAAUCGGAGCAGUUCCAGAGUACCGAACUGGGCCGCAUCGCGUCCCAGUACUACUGCACCCACGAGACCAUGUUGACGUACAACCAGUUGCUGAAACCGUAUUUGAGCGACAUCGAUCUUUUCAGGGUGUUCUCCCUGUCCGGCGAAUUUAAAAACAUCGCCGUUAGAGAAGGAGAGCCUGGUGAAUUGCAGAAGUUGAUGGAACGGGUACCGAUACCGAUAAAAGAGAGUAUUGAGGAACCCAGCGCAAAAGUCAACGUGCUGCUGCAGGCGUACAUUUCCCAGCUGAAGCUGGAAAGUUUCGCGUUGAUGUCGGACAUGGUGUACGUCACGCAGUCCGCAUCGCGUCUGAUAAGGGCCAUUUUUGAAAUCGUCCUUCAUCGAGGAUGGGCCCAGCUGGCGGAGAAAGUGUUGACCUUAUGCAAGAUGGUCGACAAAAGGAUGUGGCAGUCGAUGUCGCCGCUGAGGCAGUUCAAAAAAAUGCCCGAGGAAAUCAUCAAAAAGAUCGAGAAAAAGUAUUUCCCGUGGGAAAGGUUGUAUGACUUAGGCCCCAACGAGAUCGGUGAACUGAUUAGGGUACCGAAAUUGGGCAAAACGAUUCACAAAUACAUCCAUCAGUUCCCGAAGCUCGAGCUGUCCACUCACAUCCAGCCGAUCACGAGGUCGAUGCUCAAGGUCGAGCUGACCAUCACGCCGGAUUUCCAAUGGGACGACCGCCUCCACGGCAACGCUGAAGCCUUUUGGAUCUUCGUCGAGGACGUGGACUCGGAGGUCGUGCUUCACCACGAGUUUUUCUUCCUGAAGGCAAAGUACUGUCAGGACGAGCACCUGGUUAAGUUUUACGUGCCCAUUUUCGAACCGCUGGCGCCUCAUUACUUCCUGAGGAUCGUGUCGGACAGAUGGAUCGGUGCUGAGACUCAGUUGCCGGUAUCUUUCAAGCACCUCAUCCUUCCCGAAAAGAACUUCCCACCGACGGAGUUACUGGACCUGCAACCGCUUCCCAUAACGGCCCUGAGGAACGAAAAAUACGAAUCUCUUUACGGCGAUAAGUUCCCCCAGUUCAACCCCAUCCAGACCCAGGUAUUCAACUCGGUGUACAACGGGGACGACAAUAUCUUCGUCGGAGCGCCGACCGGCUCCGGCAAAACGACCAUAGCGGAGUUCGCGAUUCUGCGCCUGUUCGACAAGAACCCCGACGGAAGGUGCGUGUAUUUGGUGCCCAAGGACGCGUUGGCGGAGUUGAUAUUUGCCGAUUGGCACAACAAGUUCGGUCAGACGUUGGGCAAAAAGGUGGUGCUGUUGACGGGUGAGACGGGUACCGAUUUGAAACUACUCGCCAAAGGUCAGGUGAUCAUCACCACCGCGGAAAAGUGGGACGUGCUAUCCAGACGUUGGAAGCAGCGGAAGAACGUCCAGAAUAUCAACCUCUUUAUAGUCGACGAAUUGCAUUUGAUCGGCGGGGAGGACGGUCCUGUCAUCGAGGUAGUUUGUUCCAGAAUGAGGUACAUAUCGUCGCAAAUCGAGAAACCGAUCCGGAUAGUCGCGUUAAGCGCGUCGUUGGCCGACUACAAAGACGUUUCGCAGUGGCUCGGGUGUAAUUCGAACGCGACGUUCAAUUUUCACCCGAGCGUGAGACCGGUACCGCUCGAGCUCCACGUGCAGGGUUUCAAUCUAACCCACAACGCGUCGAGGCUCAUAGCGAUGGGCAAACCGGUUUACAAUACGAUCGUACGCCACAGCCCGCACAAACCGGUCAUCGUCUUCGUACCGGCCAGGAAACAAGCGAGACUGACGGCCAUCGAUCUGCUGACGUACGCCACUGCGGAGGGCCAAUCGGAUAAGUUUUUCCACGCGGACGAGGAGGACAUCAAGCCUUUCUUGGACAGAAUGUCGGAUAAGGCGUUAAAAGAGACGCUGUCUCAAGGCAUAGCUUACAUGCACGAGGGCUUGUCGGCGAGCGACCUGAGACUGGUCGAGCAACUUUUCGAUUCUGGUGCGGUUCAAAUCGCAGUCGUCACGCGAGACCUCUGCUGGGCAGUAAACAUCUUCGCCUACCUCGUCAUCAUAAUGGACACGCAGUUUUUCAACGGGAAAAUUCACGCGUACGAAGAGUAUCCUGUCACCGACGUCCUCCAAAUGGUGGGCAGGGCUAACCGGCCCCUCGAAGACGACGACGCCAAGUGCGUGCUGAUGUGUCAGAGUUCGAGGAAGGAUUUCUUCAAGAAAUUCCUGAGCGAUCCGUUACCAGUCGAGAGCCAUCUCGACCACAGGCUCCACGACCAUUUUAACGCGGAAAUCGUGACCAAAACUAUAGAGAAUAAGCAAGACGCGGUCGAUUAUCUAACGUGGACGUUCCUCUACAGAAGAUUGACCCAGAAUCCGAACUAUUACAACUUGCAGGGGGUCUCGCAUAGGCACCUCUCCGACCACUUAUCCGAAUUGGUGGAGAACACUUUGUCCGACUUGGAGCAGUCCAAGUGUAUCAGCAUCGAGGACGACAUGGACUGCGUUCCCUUGAAUUUGGGAAUGAUCGCCGCGUACUACUAUAUCAACUACACCACGAUCGAACUAUUCAGUUUGUCGUUGAACAACAAAACCAAAAUCCGCGGCCUGUUGGAGAUCAUUUCCUCGGCCGCCGAAUACGAGGACAUCCCAGUGCGUCACCGCGAGGACAACAUCCUCCGUCAGCUCGCCCAAAACUUGCCCAACAAGUUGACUUCGCCUAAAUUCAACGAUCCGCACGUCAAAACGAAUUUGUUGCUGCAAGCGCACCUGUGCCGGCUCCAACUGAACGCCGAGCUCCAAGGAGACACCGAAGUGGUACUGGGCAAAGCGAUACGGCUGAUACAGGCGUGCGUCGACGUGUUGAGCUCGAACGGGUGGUUGUCGCCUGCGGUCGCCGCCAUGGAACUGGCUCAGAUGGUGACCCAAGCGAUGUGGAGCAAAGAUUCCUAUUUGAAACAACUGCCUCAUUUUACGACCGAAAUUAUCAAGAGGUGUCACGAUAAAGGAGUCGAAACGGUGUUCGAUAUAAUGGAACUCGAGGACGAGGACAGGACCAAGCUGCUCGGACUGUCCGAUUCGGAAAUGGCGGACGUCGCCAGGUUUUGCAACAGGUAUCCCAACAUCGAACUCAGCUACGAGGUGUUGGAUAAAGACGCGAUCAGGUCCGGACACUCGGUGCACAUCGCGGUCCAAUUGGAGAGAGAGGACGAGGUUAAUGGACCGGUCAUCGCCCCCUUCUUUCCACAGAAACGAGAAGAGGGUUGGUGGGUGGUCAUAGGAGAUCCGAAAACUAACUCGUUGCUGUCCAUCAAGAGGCUGACGUUGCAGCAGAAAGCCCGGGUUAAGUUGGAUUUCGUCGCGCCCAGUCCGGGUCAUCACGGCUACACCCUGUAUUUCAUGAGCGACGCCUAUUUAGGAUGCGAUCAGGAGUACAAGUUUUCGAUUGACGUGGGCGAUUACGAAUCGAGCGCUAGUGAUUCCGAUUAGUGUUAUUGUAGUACUGUGUGAGUUUCGAGUGGAGGAAAGUUGUUUUUUUUUUUUGAGUUACUUUACAAUAAUAAACGUAUAGAAAGGGUUUUUUUGUAGUUUUAUUUU